AUGAGACAGAAAAGAGCAAAGUCUUAUAGAAAACAGAUGGGGGUGUAUUUACACGCCUUUAAAUUUAGGGAGCCGUACCAGACUUUAUUGGACGACCAAAUUAUACUUCAAUGUCAUAGAACAGCAUUUGAUCUUGAAAAGGGACUGAAUAGAACGGUGCAAAGUGAAGUGAAACCCAUGAUAACACAAUGCUGCAUGCAAGCUUUAUACAUGUCUCGUGACGAAGGUGCUAUUGAGAUGGCCAAAAGGUUUGAAAGACGUCGUUGCAACCACAAUUACAAAGAGCCCAAGACCCCAUCUGAAUGUAUUGAGGACGUUGUAGUGGUGGAUGGAAAAAAUAAACAUAGGUAUGUUGUGGCUACAUUGGAUGAGGGACUUAGAAACGCACUUAGAGUGAUUCCUGGUGUGCCACUGAUUUAUAUAAACAGAUCAGUUAUGAUCAUGGAGCCUUUGAGUAAGGCUAGCAAAGCGGUGCAAAUAGCUGUUGAAUCAGGCAAACUGACUGGAGGUUUGAAUGAUGCGAAGCUCGCUGGUUUGAGACAAAAGGAUGAUGGGUUGGAGGCUGAAGGUGCUCCAAAGUCGAAAAAAAGAUCUGGUCCCAAAGGUCCCAAUCCUCUUAGUGUGAAAAAGAAGAAGAAGGAACCCAAACCUCUCAAUGAUAAAGAAAACGCAAGCAAGCCUGGAAAUACUGAGGAAGCGCAGCCGAAGAAAAGAAGGCGGAAGCAUGGAAAGAGCGGAGAAAAGCCAGAAGAAAAGUCUAAAGAAAAAUCUGACGAAAAGUCUCAGCAGAAUAAUGAGGCCGAUCAUGUGGGCACUCACGCAGAAACAUCUGCACAAGCGGUUGAAGAAUUUGAGCAACAUUCCCAAGAUGAUUAA